CAUAGUUCUCAACUUCACGUUCUUGAGGGCAAGACGGGGUUUUUCAUAGCUACAAUCCAGAGUGAAGUAAAAAUGAGAACAUGGGUAGUUUUCCGAUUGCCACUAAAGCUCAUAACAAGAUGGGGCUAUAGAAAUUUAGCCUUGCUUGGACCAAGAACGUCGUCAUCAUCCCAUUCACUUUUUUCACAGAGCUUCCAAAAUGGGAAGUUCAGCAUUGUUCAACGAUGCAGGGUUCCCAUUCUUCCAUAUGCACCUGCCUUGUUGUCAUGUUGUUGUCGUUGUUUCUGCACUAUCAUUCACCUGUUUGACGAAAUGCAACAAAGAUCUCUACAUUUGAGAGAUAUCCAUUUUGAGGUUGUUAUUGAUUACAUUAAAUUGUCCCUCAAAAAACCCAAAAUUGUGACUGCCACUGUUGCCCAUUGCGCAGUCUUAAAGUUAGGUGCUUUGGCUCACGUUUCCACUUCAACAUCUCUACUCACUGUUUAUUCUAAGGUUGGGGACUUUACCUCUUCAAGGGAUUUGUUUGAUGAGAUUCACAACAAAGAUGUGAUUGCUUGGAAUGCUAUUAUUGCUGCAUCUCUUGAAAAUAAUUACUAUAGAACAGCAAUGGAGUUCCUUGAGAAAAUGAUGAAGGCACAAUGUGGGUUUGAUUCCACUACUCUGUUGCUUAUGGUAUCAGCUUCUUUACAUGUGAAAAACUUUGGUCAAGGAAGGGCAAUUCAUUGUGUGAGUAUAAAAUUUAGGAUGCUAGUGGAUAUCAGUUUAGGUAAUGGUCUUAUUGACAUGUAUGCUAAGUGUGGUGAUCUAAGCUCUUCGGAGUGUUUAUUUGAAGAAAUGGAAUAUAAAGAUGUUGUUUCAUGGAAUUCAAUAAUGAGUGGAAGUAUUUACAAUGGUAAUCCUGAGAAAACAUUGUGUUACUUCAAAAGGAUGACUUUUUUGGAAGAAACAGCAGACAAUGUCAGUCUAUCUUGUGCUAUUUCAGCAUCUUCAAGUUUGAGAGAACUGGGUUUUGGGCAGUCCAUUCAUGGGCUGGGAAUCAAACUGGGUUACAGGGACAGUUCACAUUUGUCGGUUUCCAACUCUCUCAUUUCAUUAUAUUCACAAUGUGAAGAUGUGGAAUCUGCUGAAACAGUUUUCAGAGAAAUAGCGCACAAAGAUAUUGUUUCCUGGAAUGCAAUGAUGGAAGGACUUUCUUCAAUUGGAAAGAUUAAUGAAGUAUUUGAUCUUCUGGUUGAAAUGCAAAUAAGAGAGUCUUUCCAACCUGAUAUAGUGACAUUAACUACCAUAAUUCCACUUUGUGCAGAAUUGAUGCUCUCUAGAGAAGGAAGGACAAUCCAUGGAUUUGCAAUUCGAAGACAUAUGUUGUCUGAUCAUCUUAAUUUGCUGAACAGCCUAAUAGACAUGUAUUCGAAGUGCAACCUUGUGAAGAAAGCCGAGCUCUUGUUCAAUUCUACCGAAGAUAGAGACUUAGUCUCAUGGAAUUCAAUGAUAUCUGGCUAUUCCUUGAACAAGUAUUCUGAUGAAGCUCAAAUCUUGUUUAGAGAGAUGCUGCGUUGGGGUCCAAAUUGCAGCUCAUCAACUGUUUUUGCUAUUCUUUCUUCUUGCAACUCUCUUAAUAGUGUCCACUUUGGAAAAUCUGUUCACAGCUGGCUGUUGAAAUCUGGAUUUUUGAACCACGUUCUUAUAGUAAAUUUUCUCAUGCACAUGUAUAUCAAUUGUGGAGAUUUGACAACCAGUUUCUCAAUUUUGCAUGAGAAUUCUGCUUUAGCAGAUAUAGCUUCAUGGAACACUGUAAUUGUGGGCUGCAUACGAGUUGAACAUUUUAAAGAGGCUUUAGAGACUUUCAAGUUGAUGAAACAUGAAACUCCUUUCAACUAUGACUCCAUAACCCUUGUAAGUGUCUUGUCAGCCUGUGCAAACCUGGAAUUAUUCAGCCUAGGAAAAUCUAUCCAUGGCCUUGCUCUUAAAUCUCCUUUAGCAUCAGAUACUCGUGUUCAGAACUCGCUAAUUACCAUGUAUGACAGGUGCAAGGACAUCUACAGUGCCAGAGUAGUGUUUAAACUCUGCUCCAUUCCCAAUCUAUGCUCAUGGAAUUGCAUAAUUUCUGCUUUCUCUCAUAAUGGAGAAAGUAGAGAAGCAUUGGAACUAUUUCAUCAUCUUCAAUUUGAACCAAAUGAGAUCACCAUUGUUAGUGUUCUCUCUGCUUGCACUCAAAUUGGUAUCCAAAGACAUGGAAAACAAGUUCAUGCCCAUGUGUUCAGAACUUGCAUUCAAGAUAAUUGUUUCAUAGCAGCAGCUCUUAUAGAUUUCUAUAGCAACUGUGGAAGAUUGGACACUGCUGUCCAAGUAUUCAGGCAUUCAGAGAAGUCUGAAUCAGCUUGGAAUUCAAUGAUUUCUGCAUAUGGAUAUCAUGGAAAUGGAGAAAAAGCAAUCAAACUCUUCCAUGAAAUGUAUGAAUCAGGAAAAACGGUGACCAAAAGCACUUUUGUUAGCCUUUUAUCUGCAUGCAGCCAUUCAGGACUCGUCAAGCAAGGUCUUUGGUACUAUGAAUGUAUGUUGGAGAAAUAUGGAGUACAACCUGAGACUGAACAUCAAGUCUAUAUGGUUGACAUGCUAGGCAAAUCAGGUAGAUUGGAUGAUGCUUACAAGUUUGUUAAGGGGUUACAAUCCAAUGCCAGCUCAGGUGUAUGGGGAACUCUCUUAAGUGCAUGCAACUAUCAUGGAGAACUCAAGUUGGGGAGACAAGUUGCUGAACAUCUUUUUGAGCUUGAACCUCAAAAUGUUGGAUAUUACAUAUCAUUGUCAAAUAUGUAUGUUGCUGUAGGAAGCUGGAAAGAUGCUAAUGAUUUGAGACAAUCUAUUCAGGACCAAGGAUUAAGAAAACCGGCAGGUUAUAGUCUUAUUGACGUUGGUUUGGGAUAA